AAGAAAGAAAAAUAAACAAAUUAAAAAUUAAUAAAAACACAACAAAUAAGAAAGAAGCCAUAUAAAGCAAGUUAGAGUGAAAAACAGCAUAAAUAUCCAUUAAAAGAGACGCAAGGAAGUUAACAAGCUCAGAUCCACUUCGGCACCAGGAGAAUCGAGGAGUAUAAAGCACUGGACUCUACAUUUGAUAUCUUAAAGGAUCUAUGCAAUCGAUACCAGUGUGAUUGCCUCUGUAGGUAGACUCGCUGCACAGUCAGCUGAGGGCAGGCUGGCGGGCGAGCCGGGCCUGCUGUGAAAUUUGGCAGCCUAGCAGUAGUGAUGAGCGAACACCAGCAAAGAGACACCUGUGCCACUCCUCUCCACUCACUGACUCGGAAACUAACAUAGAUCCUUAUAUAUUUUUACCUGAAACUUAAAGGGGAGGGGACAGUACUUGUGAAAAGGAGUGGACUAAAAACAACCACCAUCAUGUCCAUCAUAAUAGACGAAGAGGAGUUUAAGGCCAAACUCAUCGGGAACAUGAAGAAGGAGGUGAAGCAAAUCAUGGAGGAGGCGGUGACGAGGAAAUUUGUGCACGAGGAGAGCAGCAGCAUCACCUCCCUCUGUGGUGCAGUGGAGGCUUGUCUGUCUCACGGGCUGAAGCGACGUACACUGGGCCUCUUCAAGACAUCCUCUACCACUGCUCUCAUUCACAAAGUCAGCAAGAGUUUCUCCCCGGCAGCCACCGUGUCUAAGAUUGUACAGGAGAUUGAGAACUCCGACGCCGGCAGGAGAAGUAGCGGGAGCGGGGACUCUGCUUCGCGUCUGGGGAAGCCGCCGCUCGUCAAGAAGAACUCUGGUUCCAUGUCCGGAUGUGUGAGUCCCCCUCGCUACCUGUGGAUUCGUGUGGCGCUCUUCGAAAAGGUGUUGGCCAAGAUAAUUGAUUACCUGGUGCAGAACAGCAGCAAAUAUUAUGAGAAGGACUCCUUAGUGGCGGACCCAGACUACGGCACCAUCCUGAGCUCCCUCCUGGUCGGUCCCUGUGCCCUCGACUUCAGCCGCAUGAAGACGGCGGAUCAUCUGUGGACGGACCCUCCCGCUGACGAGUUGGUACAAAGGCACAGAAUCUCCUCCGGACACCUCUCUGGUCCAGCCACACCCCCUGUACCCCGCCGCCCUGGUCUGCAUGAUGCAACGCAAGGAGGAAAGUCGAAAUACCGCAAACCCGUGACCUGCAACAGUGAAGAGGUAGGGGCGGUGCCUCCCAGAAGUGUACCCCUCAACGCCCGGGAUUACGUCGAGAGUCUCCACCAGAAUAAUAAGGCGACGCUUCUUUAUGGCAAGAACAACGUCCACGUGCAGCCAAAGGAGCAGAUGGAGGCCAUGCCGGGUUACAUGUCCCUACACCAAACAACUGAAGGCCUCGUCAUUAAAUGGACACCCAAUCACCUCAUGAAUGGCUGCUGCCCAGACACCACAGAGGACAAAAGGUGGGAUUGGCGUCGCCAUAGUCUGCCCUGCCUCUCAGAACUCCAUACCCCGCCCCAACCCCCUUCCUUCCUGCGCCGCUACUCAGAGACUCCUCGCUCCAUCUACUGGGAAUAUGCUCUCAAUGUGCGGGUGGAAGAAAUUGUCUACGUCCACUGCCACCAGCAAGGAGACUCGGGAGGAACUAUUGUGCUGGUAGGGCAGGAUGGCACACAGUACCCUCCCAUCCACUUCCCUCGUGGUGGCCACUUGCUGGCCUUCUUGUCCUGCUUGGAGAAUGGCCUGCUUCCCCAUGGCCACCUGGACCCUCCCCUGUGGUCCCAACGUGGCAAAGGCAAGGUGUUCCCAAAGCUGCGGCGAAAGGCUCGGGCACUGGCAGGGCGGCACCAGGCAGAUAGUGAUGAUGACGAGGCUUCAGAUUACGUAUUCAGGAUCAUCACUUCCCUCAAGCCAGACAGAAUCACCCAUGGUGAGCUGAUAUCCCCGCUGCAGAGGAAUAGUGCUGGCUGGCUUCCGCGCGUCCCGAAGCUCUCCUCACAUUCCUCAUCCACCUCCUCCUCCAAGUCUAUCAGCCUUGGGGACUCCAUCAGUGAAAGCCAUCCACCACCUCCCACACCAAACCCUAGUCUGGAUGUGCCGCUUCCCCCCACCGAGGAGAGCAAGGAGGAGAAGAACACACUCAAUAAGAUGGAGAAAAACAGUGACUCGCUGGAGAUACUGUGUGCUACAAUGAAGCACCAGAUCAUAUCCCGGGCCUUCUAUGGCUGGUUGGCCCACUGCCGUCACCUGAGAACAGUGCGCACCCACCUGGCUGGCUUAGUUCUGCCUUCUGCUGCCACCCCUCCCCAUGUUCCAGCAUGGGAGGAGGGUGUGACAGAGGAGGCGUGGGAGGCCCUUCACUCGGAUGGUUGUCUCACUAAUCAGGAGGAACUGUUGGCUCGAGUGUACCUGGGAGGGGUGGCUCAUCCCAUCAGAAAGCAGGUGUGGCCAUACCUCCUGAAUCACUACACCUUUGGCAGCAACUCAGAGCAGCGUGCCGAGCAGGACCGCAGGAUACGUCAGACUUACGAGACCACUAUGUCCGAAUGGCUGGCCGUGGAAGCCAUCGUGCGGCAGCGAGACAAAGAGGUGAUGGCCAUAAACAUGCUGAAGUUGUCAUCUGAGUCACAAAAUGGAGAAAUUCCACUGGUAGGAAGGGAAAGAUCACUUAGUAAUGAGGUAUUUGAACCUGACACAGUUCAAGAGGAGGAGGAAAAUUCAGCUUUUGAUGGCUCAUGUCCAAGUAAAGAUGUAAUGGAGAAUAACAGAAAUAGAGUAAGUAACAGGGAGGAUGUGGAGUCACCUCACACAAGAAGUAAAGAGAACUCCGUGGAAGAUGACAGAGACUUCUCAGAGAUGGUAUACGACAAGGAGAAACUGAGACAAGAGAGCAAGGAGAGUGACACUGCUGAGGCUGCCAAUAAUACAUGUGUUAUUACCCCAGAUGAGGGAGUGGAAGAGGGACAGGAGCCAACCAGCCCUCAGAAUGCUGCUGAUGGCACAGCAGCCAGUGUUAGUGCCUCGUUCACCGUGGAGACUUGUAACCCCCCCACCACCACCCCAGUUAUAGUUAGCAAAGCCUCCCUAGACAGUGGCAGCCACUCUGACGUAGUGAAUGGCACUGAGGAAGACACUGCCAUGGAUGAGGAAGUACGGCAUAUCACAGAAAAUGGGGAGGAUGAGGAGGACGGCUGUGUCAAGGAUGACAUCACUGAAAAUGGAAGGAGCGAUGAAGACAAGAACAUGGACACCCUGGCAGUGGAGGAUAGUCAGGAUGGCCACAGUGUGGAAUCUCGCUCCUCUUGCAUAUCGCCGGCUUCCUCUCAGGGUGGUGUGUACUCGACGGAGUUGCUGGACACAUUUGGCCUGAACCUUCAUCGGAUAGAUAAGGAUGUUCAAAGGUGUGACCGCAACUAUUGGUACUUCACCCACGACAACCUGGAGAAGCUGCGUAAUGUGAUGUGCACGUAUGUGUGGGAGCACCUGGAUACAGGGUAUAUGCAAGGAAUGUGUGAUCUGGUUGCUCCUCUGCUUGUUGUCUUUGAUGAUGAGGCUGCCACGUACUCCUGCUUCUGCCAGCUUAUGGCCCGCAUGUGUCACAACUUCCCCAAUGGUGGAGCCAUGGACCAGCAUUUUGCCAACAUGAGAUCACUAAUUCAGAUCCUGGAUUCCGAGAUGUUUGAGCUCAUGCACCAAAAUGGAGACUAUACACACUUCUAUUUCUGUUACCGGUGGUUCCUUCUUGAUUUUAAAAGAGAGCUGGUGUAUGAAGAUGUGUUCCGGGUGUGGGAGGCAAUCUGGUCUGCUCGGCAUGUCUCCUCAGCUCACUUUGUGCUCUUCAUUGCUCUGGCCCUUGUUGAGUACUACCGGGACAUCAUCCUUGACAAUAACAUGGACUUCACGGACAUCAUAAAGUUUUUUAAUGAGAUGGCUGAGAGGCACGAUGCCAAGAUUGUCCUCCACACAGCAAGGAACCUCGUCCUUCAACUCCAAACAUUAAUUGAAAAUAAGUAAACUUUGCAGAGUACUUUUAUGUGCCAAAAUUGUCAGCCUUGCUCUGCUUCCUAUUGUGUACUUCUUCAAGGUAUGUGUGGUCAAGUGAAGCAGCAAGAAUGAGAGUUGGUAGUGGUUGUGUGCUGUUGUGACUUAUGCAAGAUGGAAGAAACUCAGGCCAACCUAAGAGAGUUUGUUGUCGUGUCAAGGUUUGGGAUUAAGGUAACAGAUAAUUAUUUAUACUUCUAGUCAGGCUAUGGAUUUGAUCCUUAUUGAAAACUGACUCAUUGCCCAAUAUCAUAUAAUAAUGCAAUGGAUUUAGUUCAUAUGCAUGUAUGUUAACAUUUACAUACAUAUAGUUAGAUAGAUAAAAUCUAUAUUAUAUAGAUAAUAGUUGAAAUUCUUUAUCAGAUUUUAUAUAGAUGACCUAUAUUUCUUUGAAUGUUGAAUGUAUUUAAUAUAGUUUGAUGUAAAGUAUAAACUUUUGAAAGUCAAAGUCUAUACUGCUAUAACUCAGAGAAAGUAUUUAUUGAAAAUUUUAUUUGUUUCUGCCAUAUGUGUAAGACUCUGUGUUCAUUUGACACAGCUCUUACCGGCAAGAGUACACAUGUCAUGGCGGCCAGUGUGAGGUGGGAGGGAGUGACAAUUAAAGCCCUCCGGGGCCUGGCACUUUUGUGGCAAACUAGAUUACAUAUAUAUUUUUUUGUACAAUGAAUACUGUCUUGAAUAUAUAUAUAUAUAUAUAUAUAUAUAUAUAUAUAUAUAUAUAUAUAUAUAUAUAUAUAUAUAUAUAUAUAUAUAUAUAUAUAUAUAUAUAUAUAUAUAUAUAUAUAUAUAUAUAUAUAUAUAUAUAAGUAAUGAGUAUCAGAUAUGCACAGAUGUUUCAUCAUAAUUGCCCUCCUCAUCGUACUGUCCUCCUAGCCAGCUAUCAUUUCUACCAACUUUUUCAUCAUAGCUGAUGAAAAAUUAGUGACAGAUCAUCCUUACUUUUCUAUUCUGUGCCACUUUCCUCCUGAGACAAGUUUGAGCACAUCCACAAGGUUGCAGCUGAACCUCUGCCCUGCAUGGCCUGUGAUGCAGGGCACACCCCAAGUCUGGGUUGGCGUGUGGUGCUGAGCAAAGACGGGCAAAGCUCCUCCUUUCAUGGCCACCCACUAUAUGAUACCAGCUUUGUGUGAUAUGCAUAAUCACAUAUUUUGUUUAGUCAUGAUGAGGAGCACUAGUGAUCACUGAUUAUUAGUACAAUUAAAUCAAUAGGUAGUUAAAGUGAGAUAUGUUUAUGGUAUUCUCCAUUUUCAUAUCAAACUGAGACUACAAAAGCUGUCCUAAAUAUGAGGAAAGUAAAGAUAGUUAUAAUAAUAUAGUUAUGCUUGUGUGUUCUUCCAGCCACUAGGUGCAAUAUUUAUUUGCAUCCUUUGCAGUCCUUCCUCUAGAGGAAUUACAACCACUGAGGAAACCACAUCCACAUGUAUUCAGAUUUUUUUCAAUACCACAAAACCUUUAUAAAGUGCUCUCCUCUAACAAGGACAUAACACCAAGUAUUAAGCAGACUAUUUAUUAAUCACACAUCAGAACUGUUAUGGCUUGCUUGUAUUUGCAACCUGUGUGCUGCCAGUAUCAUUAUAGCAGCAGUUCAUAGUAAAUGGUACUAUGCAGAUUCUCAUUCUGUAUCUACUGCCAAGAAAAAAUGUCAGACAUGAUGAAAAUUGUGAAAAUACCAAAUUUCAUACAUGUCAUGCCUUUUGUUCCAUGAAGGUCUUCAUCAAGCAUCUGGACACAAAGAGAAUAUCAUGAGCAUGAGGAAAUGCAUUGCCAAGUUUUAAAAGUACUAAAUUUCAUUCACUCAUGCAUGUUGAUUAUGAAAUGAGAAGAUAACACUUGUAAAAAUGGAGAUUCUCCUGUAUUAGUCUCUAUCCUUCCUCUUUGAAUCUUAAAGUUUGUUAGCUUGCAUCCUCUUCUAAUGAGAUCUGAUACUACAAAAGUACUUUUCAAUACACUUAUCAGACUCAGAGUAGAGAAAGUCUGUGUCCCAUAGUUGAGGAGAUUGGGCCCACAUUAUUAAACAACCCUUUCUCUUGUUGAAUGAAAAUUUACAGUACUUAUUCAGAAAUUUGUAAGGAUAAUUUUUCCUAGCAGACUGUGAAUGGAAGGGAAAAGAUUUACUUGAUAAUCCAAGUAUUGAUCUUUAGUAACAUUGUGUUAGGAAUAUUGGAGAUACAUGAGUCAGACACUUAAAUUAAAUCUUUAUGUUAAUUUGUUGCAGUAUCAUCAACAUGAGAGUUUCUUAAUGAUGAUGGCCUUAAUUAAUUGCUUUAAUUGUCAUGCCAGCAGCGUGGAACAUUAUGUUUUAUUGUGUUCUUUUGAAUUGAAAUAUGUGUCUAUCAUUAACAUUUUGUAACAAUUAUAGUAAUAUCAGAAUGUUAAUUUAUGUAUAAUUAACAGAUUUUUAUUGAUAAUAUUUCCUGUCAGUCUUAGAGUGGGAAUCUCAAUUAAUUUGAAACUUAUUUAAAUUUGCAGUAGAAUAUAAUGUGUGGUUCAGUGAAUACUUAUUACCCGUCACAAUUUGCUUUUCUUAUUAUGUGUUCGUGUCUGUCUGCCAGGGAGCAUGAGGACUGAGGCAUUCCUGUAUGUAUAGCAUUCUCAGCAAGUGAGGAAGAACUCUUAAUAUUGGGUCACAAAUGUUGGAGACUUAAUUUCCUGUGUCUUGUAUGAAUGGUGUGUGACUUACAAUGGUGGGUGGAUUUCAGUAGCUAUCAUCUGCUAGAUUUCUAAGGUUCUGAAUCUUCCUCCCAAAAUGUGUGGGAAGUGAGGCGGAAUAGCACAAGUAAAGGAUGAGUUAUAGCGUGUAAAUUAAAUACAUAUGUGAUGUAAUUGCAUGGAUAAAGAAAAACAGAAAAGAGUGAUUUUAAGAUUGUUUUAUUACAUAGACCUGCUUGUUUUCAGUCUGUCACAUAAAACAUGUCAUGGGGCUCCAAUCUUUUUUUCUCAUAAUAUGUAUUAUUUCAUGUGAUGUCAUAUUGAAAUAGGUAAGCUUUAUACAUUUUUGUAAGUAAGGAAAGUACGUAUUUUCAAAUGUUAGCAAAAGAUUUAUUAAAAUUUUGUAUCACCAGUGAAAAGAAAUAAUGCAAGAGAACCCAUCUAAUCCUCUCUAUGACCUUCAAAUAUGUAUAGUUAUUAUGAGUUCCUAAAGCACUUAAGAAUAUGAGCUUAAAUUGUACUGCAACCCACUGUGGAGAUAAAUCUGAAUGAUGUGUGUGUAUAUAUAUAUAUAUAUAUAUAUAUAUAUAUAUAUAUAUAUAUAUAUAUAUAUAUAUAUAUAUAUAUAUAUAUAUAUGCAGAGUCAGGUUUGACUUUCCCAUGCAGAAGUUGAAAAUUCAUAUGGAAACUUGUAUCUUCAUACUACACUUAAAGUUUUACAUUUUAGUGUUUGUGUAUAAGCUAUAUUUUAACACUGUAUGUAAACUUAAUAUAUACAAGAAUGAUGUAUUUGAAGAGCUUAUUAUUUAUUUAUUUUUAUUUUAUUUAUUUAUUUUUUUUUUUUCUUAAUGUCAUGUUUGAUGACCAUAAGUUUUCAAUGUUGUAUGUACAUUUACCCAAAACAGUGGUCAUUCUACAAAAUGUUUCAGAAAAAAAAGUCUGCCAAUCAUCUCUAUCUUUUGCAUCUCUAUUUCAUUUUGGUCUGUAUGAAACUCAUGAUAUGAAGCAUGUAAUUUGUUCAUGUAUUAAUUUUUGCUCAAUUUAUGAUAUGUAUGAAAUUCACUAGACUUUGUAACAUCACUUCUUUAGGUGAUUGUUCCUUUCAUCAUCAACCUGUAACUAAGUCAUGCAACCUCAAAGGAGAGAAAUUAUACUAUAAGUUGAGGAAUUUAUAAGUUUUCUGCUUCAAGAGAGGUCUUCCAGUAAUUCUAUGUGCAUUAUUGACAAAUAUUUGUGAUAAAAUAACUCCUCUCAAGUUCCCGUCAGGAAUUAGGAUGGUUUCCCAGCCUCGCCCUUCACCACCUCAUGGGAGCAAAGGAUCACAGGACUUAGGACACUUAGCAGCCUCAUCACCACUCCAUCAAGAGCAGGCAUCUUGAUGGGUCAUCCAUAUACUCAUCAUAACAUGAUUGUAUUUAUGUCACCUAGUUUGAAAGUCUGUUUGAGCAUAUGCCAUAUAGCAGCCAACCAGUAUCAAGAGUUGUAGUCUGUAGCCAUUGUCAACGACUUGAUCAAUGAUCAAUAACCAUUGUGACUAAUCCUCAUAUACAUACUCCACAGUUUAAGCACAAGUCUCACAGCAGCUUUGUCAAAGAGUAUGCUGUAUACAUUCCUCUUAAUAUUGCACUUUGUCUGCCAUUCACGCAAAGAUGAUGUCCAUGGAAAAUGUGAUAAUAUUUAUGUCCAGCUGGGCUGUGUACUGGCCACUUAGGACACACCUGGUAGUGAUCUUCCUGCUGGUUGGUGCACCAAGACUGCAGCAGUGACUGGUGUAGCACUAGAGCCUCACCACAUCCAGGACACACAUUGCUGGAGAAUGAGUGUGAAGCAGAAAAACAUACAUCACAAUGUAGUGCAGUGUAUACAUACUUGUGCUUGAUUACCCACAUUAAGACAUGUUCAGCAAACAACUAAUGUUUGACUAUACUUAUAAGUCAAACCUUGAUAGAAGUACUUAAUGGAAAUGCUCCCAUAUUAUUUUGAUUACUGAAAAGGUCAUGAUUGUUAUGAUUAACAAAGAACAGUAGCAGGUGUCAGUGAAAGCAUCAUGAUGACUAAAUAAUUGUUUGCAGAUUAUGUUAUAUUGAAAAAUUCACCAUAACUGUACAAGAGUGCAACAAUAUAUAUUUGCCAUGCCAUUCAUGUAUGAAUGUGUGUGUUCUAAUGCCAGUGCACAGCUGAGCUCCUCCCAGCAGCACAAAACAUUGGCUCAGCAAUGCUUGUUGUCCUGUGCUUGCAAAGUACUGCAGCCUUUUCAACUGUAUGGGUUCCAAUAUAUGAUAUUUUGCAAAUUAAUUCUUGUAUUUUUUUAUAGCUUGUGUUUAGUGUGCAAGAAAAGUUUUUACGUGUAUCCAUGUCAAAUGUAUCAUGUAUAAUUGAUUUAUUUAACAUAUCAUUUAAGUGCCAUGUAUGACUGUCACCGAGCAAAGUAAAUCCUUACUUGUU